UUUUUCUAUGCACACUCAUUACAGUAUUCCACUAUUUUGUUACCAGUUUCACAAGAGUUUACCAGUACCACAGAGUACAACAGAAACACUCAAGGAGAAUAACAACACAAAACCGAACUCAAAUCUACUCUCUCAAAUUAGUUAAAAUAUCCGUCAUUGCCAUUUCUGUUCCCACUGUCACUAACCACAUUUUCGCGCUCUCUUGAGCUCUCUCUCUUCCGAUAGUGAUAAACAAAACCCUAAACCUCCACUCCCUCACUCAGAUCUGUGACAGUUGAAACUAUCAUGCGCCACUAGGUUCAUUUCACCAAUGUCCGAACCUGAUCCCAAACCUGAUUCCAAGCCUCGCCAACGUUCGGUACAAUGGUCACCGGCGACAACACCGGAGAGCAAACCGAUUCCACCUUCUUCGUGGGCGAAGAAAACCGGUUUCAAGCCGAAAUUCUCCGGCGAGACUAAUGCUGGUGAUUCUGGUCAGAUAAGCUUGCCGAUUAAGUCUAGAGAGCCUGACGUGAACUCGGAUCUUGAAGCAGGCCGUGUUAGAGCUACUCCUGGAGUGGCAAACGGUGUGGUGAAAGUUCUACCUUCUAAGGAUUUGGUAGUGAAGAAACGGAGAGACUCUGAUGGAGUUCCGAGUGUCAUUGGUCAGACGAAUGCGGAACAGCCGGUUCGGAGAACAGCGAGGAGUGAUGAAGCUGUUGCUUCCUUGCCGCAGACUGUGGAGGACGAUGAAUUUAUGUCGAGGCAGUCGCAUAUGAAGUAUGAGCUAAGAGAUUCACCUGGUUUAGUUCCCAUUGGUGUGUAUGGUAUCCAGCAUUACAUUUCUAUAAUAGGUUCAUUGAUUCUCAUUCCACUUGUUAUUGUUCCUGCCAUGGGAGGUACUCAUGAGGAUACUUCUACAGUGGUAUCAACUGUGCUCUUUGUGUCUGGAGUGACUACUCUCUUGCAUACUAUUUUUGGGUCUAGGUUGCCGUUGAUACAAGGGCCUUCUUUUGUUUAUCUUGCUCCAGUUUUGGCGAUCAUCAACUCGCCCGAAUUUCAAGGAUUAAAUGGAAAUAAAUUCAAACAUAUAAUGAAGGAGCUGCAAGGGGCUAUAAUUAUUGGAUCUGCUUUUCAAACUUUCCUCGGAUAUACUGGACUUAUGUCCCUGUUAGUAAGGUUUAUCAAUCCUGUGGUUGUAUCCCCAACCAUUGCUGCAGUUGGACUUUCAUUUUAUGGUUAUGGUUUUCCUCUAGUUGGCACAUGUCUUGAGAUUGGUGCAAUACAAAUAUUAGUAGUUAUUGUUUUUUCUCUUUAUCUUCGUAAACUAUCUGUUUUUGGACACCGCAUAUUUCUUAUAUAUGCAGUUCCUUUGGGUUUGGCAAUUACAUGGGCAGUUGCUUUCUUGCUGACUGAAGCUGGAGCCUACAACUACAAAGGGUGUGACGUAAACAUACCUGCCUCAAAUAUGGUUUCAGAACACUGCAGAAAGCAUAUUUCAAGGAUGAAACAUUGUCGAAUUGAUACUUCUCGUGCACUGAAAUCAUCCUCAUGGUUUAAAUUUCCCUAUCCAUUGCAAUGGGGUACUCCUGUCUUCAACUGGAAAAUGGCCGUUGUGAUGUGCGUGGUUUCCUUAAUCUCAUCUGUGGAUUCGGUUGGCUCAUAUCACGCAUCUUCAUUAUUGGUAGCAUCCAGACCUCCAACUCCUGGGGUUCUUAGUCGCGGAAUUGGUCUGGAAGGUCUUUGUAGUGUGUUGGCUGGUCUCUGGGGUACUGGAACUGGAUCUGCAACUUUAACUGAAAAUGUUCAUACAAUUGCUGUGACUAAAAUGGGAAGCCGUGGAGCAGUUCAAUUGGGCGCAUGUCUUCUGAUAGUGUUAUCUCUCGUGGGGAAGGUUGGAGGGUUCAUUGCUUCAAUUCCUGCAGUCAUGGUUGCUGGUCUCCUAUGCUUUAUGUGGGCAAUGCUUACAGCAUUGGGCUUGUCCAAUCUACGUUAUAGUGAGGCUGGAAGCUCUCGCAAUAUCAUCAUAAUUGGAUUAUCACUCUUCUUCUCUCUUUCGAUACCUGCAUAUUUUCAACAAUAUGGCAUCUCUCCGAAUUCCAACAUGUCAGUGCCAAGUUAUUUUCAGCCUUACAUUGUGGCUUCUCACGGGCCGUUCCAAAGCAAAUAUGGAGGGUUGAACUACAUCCUGAACACGAUAUUUUCGCUGCACAUGGUGAUAGCUUUUCUCGUUGCUUUUAUCUUGGAUAAUACUGUACCUGGAAGUAAGCAAGAACGUGGGGUAUACGUUUGGUCGGAACCUGAUGUUGCUAGAAGAGAUCCUACUGUUACCAAAGACUAUGGGUUGCCAUUGAGAGUUGGUCGGAUUUUCAGAUGGGUGAAGUGGGUUGGCCUGUGAACGACAGAGGUCUCAUUUGCUGAUCAUUUUCAGUAAGUUUGUCAACUGUUCAAGGUACCACUUCAGUCUAGAUCUCGUUUUGUUGAAUGGGCAGUAUGAUUGGUCGGUCAUAGUUCCGAGUUAUUAAUUUGUGUACAUCAAAGUUCCGGAGGGUCUACUUGUGUUAUAAUUUAUUAGAUUUAUUAUUUAUCUAGUUUUGGUCCAUUCAUAAUCUCCCGUUGGAGUUUUUUUUAGGCAGGUUUUGACAAAUAUCUCGGUCAUGUAUAUAUGAACAUUAUUAUACCUGCCGGUCGGGGACCUGGAAUUUUUUUCGUUAGUAUAUUUAUUCAUUCCAAUCAAA